AUUUUAUUUACUUUAUGGCCCAUUAAUUAGGUGUAAUCCAAGAAACAUAUUAAGAUGAUCUUUAGGGAUUAAUUUCUAAACUAGAAACUUAAAACUAACUAAUUGAUAAAAGAGGAUCCAUUUUAAAAAAGAGAAGAGAUCUUCUUUUAGGAGUACUUAGAGACUUUCGAGAAGGUGAAACAAAAUUAUGUGAUUCAAAAAUUUCAUGUAGCACAACAUUAUAUUCAUCAAUCCAUGAAGAUACAGAUCAAAUUCAAAAGCUUUAGGAUGAGAUAGCUCAAAAGGAUUAACAAAUUUAAGAAUUAUAAGAUUAAAUAGAAACACUGUAAUAAAAAAUUCAAAGAAUAUAGAUAUGCAAUGAUGAAUUGUAAUUUGAAUUACAAAAGAAACAAUCAUAAUAAUCAUAAUUUGCAAGAGGAAACAAAUAAAGUUAAUCUAGUAUAAUAUACAUGAAUAUUCUUAGUGAUUGUGCCUACUUUAACUACUUCUACUGAAAAAGCAUAAGCAACAAUUAAUAAAUUUGUAUAACCAAUUUCAACAGAAUCAUUUAAAUCAAUAGAUAACAAAGAUCCUAAUGCAAAAUAAGAUUAUAGAAAAAUGAUAAGAAGAAUCUCAUAGCAAGCUUCUGCUUCAGCAUAUAUUUUGGCUGUUAAAGGAGAUUAUACUACAUUGCCUGCUGCUUAAGAAGAAAUACAAAGUUAGAAAAGUGUAGGAUCCCAAAAAUCUUUGUCUAAUAAAUGA